AAGAAAAAAAAAAACUCUAGUGAAACAACUCGGCAAACGCCUGUAAGAGUUUGUGGUAUGUCACUUACACCAAACUUGGUAAUAUCAGUUGUAGCUUAGCUUCAUUUGAUUAUCGAUGUCAUCUCUUCCAUUUAUUUCUUGGUGAUAAACUCUAGUGAAUCCUUGAGAAAUGGAUUUCGUGAGCCCAGUCCUUAGGGUCAUCCAUGGUUUGUGGGGUUUCGGUGCCAAGCAUGUCGCGCAUGUGAAACACCUCGGCAAACGGCUAGAAGAGUUGAGAACUGCAAUGGAUGACCUCAGUGACCAGAGAGAUGAUGUGAAGGAAAGAGUAGAGAUGGGUGUGAGGUCACAACAGGAGAUGGUUACGAACCGAGUGGAAAAAUGGUUGAGAAACGUAGAAACUAUUGAGCAGCAAGUAAUUGCCCUUAUCCAUGAAGGAAAUCUUCAGGUUGAGAGGAAAUGUCUUGGCUGCUGUCCCAGGAAUUUGCAGACAGCCUACAAGAUCGGGAAGAAAGUGUUAAAGAAGACAGCAGAAGUGAAGAAACUGUUAGAGAGUGGGGAUUUUGCAGCCGUCACUGUAAGGCUGCCCCCCCUACCAUCCCCUCCCACCCCCCCGCGUCGCCCUCAGAUGGUGACUCUAUUUCCUAUGGAGAAUACCGUUGGCCUAGACUCUAAGGUUGGACCCGUAUGGGAAAAAAUUGAGGAUGGAAACGUGGGGAUUAUUGGUUUAUACGGAAUCGGUGGGGUUGGUAAAACAACCCUCUUGAAGAAAAUCAACAAUGAAUUCUCUAUCCGGGACCAUGUGUUUGAUAGCGUGAUUUGGGUUACACAAUCCGAAGCAACAAAAGUUGAGGAAUUUCAAGAUAUCGUUCGGAGGAAAUUGGAGAUCUCAGAUGACAUAUGGCAAAAGUGUUCAAACGAGAACGACAGAGCGCGUGAGAUAUUCAGGCUCUUAAGCGGUACAAGGUUUGUGUUGCUAUUGGAUGGUGUUCAGAAUAGCUUCUUCAGAUCCCAACUCAUCAGCUUAGGCAUCCCAUUACCAGACAAGGGAAAUGGGUCCAAAAUAAUAUUUACUACCCGUUCGGAGGAGUUGUGCGGUUACAUAGGAGCUCAAGAGAGAAUUAAAGUGGAAUGUCUCCCACCAGAACAAGCCCUGCGUUUAUUUUCGAUGACGGUAGGGGAGCACAACUUAAAAUCUGAUCCAGAGAUUCCGAAGUUAGCUGAAAUUGUUGCGGCAAGGUGCAGUGGUUUGCCACUUGCACUGCUCACUGUUGGGAGCGUCAUGGCUAGUAGGAAGACUUACCAUGAUUGGAUCUGUGCAGUUGAGAUGUUGCAAAGCUACCCAUCAGAAUUUUCAGAGAACUGCACGAUAAGCGUCGAUGAGCUUAUUGACCUAUGGAUAGGAGAGGGUCUUUUAAAUGGAACAAGUCCACGCGAGCAAGGAGAAUUCAUUAUUUGCACUUUAAAGCUUUCAUGUUUGUUGGAAGCUGAUGAAUCUAUGGAAUUUGUUUGGAUGCAUGAUAUGAUCCGAGACAUGGCACUGUGGCUAGCCCGUGACGAAGAGAAAAAUAAGAACAAGGUUUUGGUAGCAAGAAGUGGGAGGCUUACCGAUCAAGAGUUCAACAAAUGGAUAGACUCAAGUUGGGUCGCGUUGUGGGGUUGUAGUGACAGAGAGAUCAUCCAUUACCCACCAACUUGCCCUAAUCUCUCGACUCUGCUCAUAAGAGAUACACUGGUCAAGGCAUUUCCUGGUGGCUUCUUCGAGUUCAUGACUGGUUUGGCAGCUUUAGAUUUAUCGGGUAAUCAAGGAUUGGUUGAGUUGCCUCCGGAGAUUGGAAGAUUGAGAAUGCUGCAGUACCUAAAUUUGUCAUUAACAAGCAUAACCAAGCUACCUACGGCCCUUUCGAAUUUGAGAAACCUGAGGUGUUUGUUACUGGAUUAUACUAUGCACCUUAAAGAGAUCCCACUGGAGGAGGUGAUGUCUUGUCUUUCACUGUUGCAGGUGUAUAGUAAAAUGACUGGGGUGAUGGAGUACUUUGAUGAAGUGAAAGUUUCAGUUGAUGAUGAACUUGCUUUCUUGGAGGUGUUGGAGGGAUUUCGUCACAUGAAUAAGAUUUGUAUCACCAUAUUUUGUCACCCCUCUGUUGAAAAGAUAUUCAGCUCAUACUCCAUACGAUCAUGCAUUAGAAAAUUAAAACUUAUCGAUUGCACGGGAUUGACUUCACUUUGUCCUAGCUAUGCAUUACCAAAUUUAGGGAAACUUGAGAUAUUUCGUUGUUGUUCACUUCAAGAAAUCAGAAAGCCAGGAUGGGGUGAGUUUCACAACCUACGUCAGGUUCACGUAGGUGUUUGCCCACUGUUGCGAAACCUGGAUUGCCUUGCUUAUGCUAGAAAUCUUGAGAUCCUCACAGUUCUAGACUGUCAGUCUAUGAAACAAGUUAUAAGUGAGGAGGAUGAACAAGAUACAAGUGAGAUGGUAGGAUGCAAAGUCUUCCCAAAGCUAAAGACGCUUUCUCUGACUUGUUUGCCAAGUCUGGAAAUCAUUUGCCGCUACCCCAAGUCCUUUUCUUCUCCUAUAGAGAUCGAAGUAUCUCGGUGCCCAUGUUUGAGGCAACUUCCAUUUGACGAAAAUAGUGUAGAUUUCCUAAAGAAAAUCAGAGGAGAAUUAGAGUGGUGGGCAGCUUUGGAUUGGGACAGUGAUUUUGUUAAGGAAGCCUGUAGCUUCAAAUUUAAAUCCAACUCUGCAGCCUCAGGAAAUGCCAAAGAAAUGACCGCUUCUACUAGCAAGGGAAAAGCAGCCAGUUCUUCUAAAUCAUGAUGGCUCUAACUUGAUUAUUUUGUGUGCUUGCGUGUGUUUAGUUGUUAUCUAUUUACUUGUCAUUUUUAUCCAAAACGAGACUGGUAGAUUCUCGCCAUUCGUAACUUUGUAGGUCUCAAUUAGUAGGACUUAGGCUUUCACAAGCCUCUUGCUGGUCUCCUGGUAACUAUGGAAUGCUAGGACUUGGAGCUUUUUCAAGGAAAGGCAAUGUUACCGCAAGAUGAUCUUAGCUGUGCCCCGACCCUCCAGAAAGACUUCAGAGUUCACAAUUUCAUUUGCGCCCCCAUGUUGCCUAGGACGCCAAGAGUUCUGAUGUAGGAAGCCUUGCUUGGUGCUCAGCUCAAGAUCAAUGUUGAUGCAGCCUAGAUUUCUAAGGAGCCUCUUGCAGCCUUCGGUGCGGUGGUGCGCACAACGUCUCGAUGGACUGAGGCCUUAUUGUUGGAGGUCUUAGGAUGGGUAGGGAGCACGGAUUCCACCACAUUACUAAUGAGUCCAUGUGCUUUUCUGUUGUUAAUAAACAUCAUAAUUGAUGUCUGGUUUUACCUUUGUACUGCCAACUCAUUGAGGAGGCCCAUAGACUUUGUGAUGACUUUGUUUAUGUGAUUUUUGAAGAUGCCUAUGGUUUGGAUUUUCCGAA